AUUCUCAAACUCGAAGUCGUCCACGUAGUGUUGUUUGGUCGUGACUUCAACUAAGGGGACCUCAUUACUUCAGGCUCAUAAGUCUCUCGAACCCCGUGGUCGUGGCAGUGAGCCGUACAUCUGAGCACCAACUCCAAGCACCUGACUCCUGAGACACUGAGCCUAGACUCUAGUCUGUACUGACUACAGACACAGCAGUGUCAAGAAGUGCAUGACAUUGUGUUUAGAUCUACAUGUGGACUGCAUCAAAAAUUGUUGUGCUUCUAUUUCUAAUGAUUCGUAGAUCGAUCACUAUUGUCUGUCAUGUACCUUGUGUACUUCAUAGCGCUGGGCUAAUGAGUAUGAUCAUGAUGAUAGGCGACUUUCCGACUCCGUUGAUCCAUUUUCUGUAGAAUAUUUCUUUGCAAUCAUUGGAUGUGGCGGUGUUGCAAUCAUCGAUGCGGCGCAUCCAUGUAGCUAAGCUGGCCUAAGCGAAAGCAAGAACUACAGCAAGAUUAGCGUAGUAAAAAGCCGACAACCGUUUGGCGACUGACAGCGCUCAAUCUGAGACGAGCAGAGCUCGAGCUAUCUAGGGCUGUCAUCGUCGCGGUCUGUUGUGUGACUGGCACCUCCGCAACAGUCAACUCCCUGCCAUCGUAGCGUCCGCUCCGUCUUCCUCCGGGUAGCUAACGUUACUUUCCGGUGGCGAGACUUUCGAUCCCGCGCGCGUGAGUGGAUAUCCCCCGACGUAGAUCUAGUCGUUGUCCGACCGUGCUCGAUCCGGGUUGACGGUCUGACUGGCACUACUGGCUAGUAGUACAGUACUACUACUAUUGGGUUGUGUAUCUGGGCGAUCAUCGUCAGGUAACCUAUCCGUGUUACCAGUGUUACAAGUAACAGUUAGUUGCUUAUGAUAUCACCGCGUCACCUCUGAGGCUCUGUGUUACAGACCCGUACUGCCGUAGUUCUGGCCGUGUAACGGUGUAAACCCCGUGUAUGUGCAGUGACAUGGCUGGUUGUGGUGCAGCAACUGCAAGUGCGAACAGACCGCCGCUGAGAUCGCUGCUGCUGGCCUUGGCCUGGUUUUGCAGCGCCUGUCAGUUCUCUUUACUGCUCCAUGGGCAUGGAGCUCGCGGUCAAUCGCUGGAUGCGAAUGGUGCGAAUGUGUGUGGCCAAACUGCAACGUCCACUGUCAGCGUGAGGUCUUCAUACGCUCAACCGUUCACAGUCCGGUACACCACGUGGUGCAGUUCGAUUUUCAGCGGCUUUCGCUGCACACGAUACAGGACGGAAUAUCGAGUAGCGUACAGAACCACCACGCACUUGCAGACAGUCACGAUACCUGUGUGCUGUGCUGGCUGGCAACAGAGUGGCUCCAGUUGUACUAUACCAAUCUGCCAUCAGGCGUGUCUGCAAGGCUCGACAUGUGUGCAGCCGAAUACCUGCCAAUGUGCACCGGGUUAUACUGGCAACCAAUGUGCAACAGUGUGCCCCAACUGGAUGUACGGACAAGACUGCGCGCAGACGUGCAGCUGUGCUCUACGUCUAUCUCUGUCCUGUGAUCAUGUCCUGGGAACGUGUCAGUGUAGACCAGGGUACACUGGUGACAAUUGUCAAAACACAUGCCUUGCUGGCAGCUACGGUCCAGGCUGUACUGCUACAUGUACAUGUCAGAAUGGCGGAGUAUGUGAUCAUGUGACUGGACAGUGUCGCUGUACACCGGGCUUUCAAGGAACAGAUUGCUCUCAGUCCUGUGCGGAUGGAUUCUUUGGUGCAGGGUGCCAGCAGCAGUGUCUGUGUCAGAACGGUGGUACCUGUGAUCCUGUUACUGGAGACUGUGCAUGCACAGAUGGAUGGCUAGGAACACAUUGUGACGUCACCUGUCCGUUUGGCACAUGGGGAGAACAGUGUCAUCUGAACUGCAACUGCCAGAACAACGCAACAUGCUAUGCGGCCACUGGUGUAUGUCGAUGUGAGCCGGGCUUCAGGGGAGCGGACUGUGCGACACCGUGUACUACCGACACCUACGGGCGAAACUGCUCGUUUGCAUGCACCUGCCAGAAUGGUGCACGAUGUGAUGCACAUGAUGGUCGAUGCUACUGCAGACCUGGCUUUGGAGGAGGAAGUUGUGAAACGGCAUGCCCUGAUGGCAGGUUUGGCGCGGGCUGCACCUCGCAGUGUGACUGUCUCAAUGGAAAAUGUCGCGUUGAAGACGGCUCGUGUGACUGCUACAAUGGAUUCACAGGUGCCACAUGCUCCAGUCAAUGUGAGUCUGGCAGCUAUGGUGUGUACUGCAAGGGUACGUGUGAGUGCCAGAACAAUGCCGCCUGCCUGCCCACGAACGGCUCAUGCGUGUGCAAGCCUGGCUACUCUGGGCCGAUAUGUUCUGAUCAUUGUCCACUUGGUACAUUCGGUGCUGACUGUGCUGGUGUAUGUCAGUGUGAGAACAACGCCCAGUGUCACCAUGUCACAGGAACAUGUAGUUGUGCAGCCGGAUACACUGGACAUACGUGUUCUGAUCAGUGUGAAGCAGGUACGUACGGCCGACGAUGUGCAGGUCGAUGUGUCUGCGCAGCCAGUGGAUCUUGCAACCAUGUUGAUGGCCUCUGCGUGUGUGACCCAGGAUGGCACGGCACUGACUGCAGUCAGCCAUGCCCAGAUGGAUCGUACGGUAGUGGCUGUGAGCACACCUGUCAGUGUCGGAAUGGAGCUACAUGUGAUCACGUCACUGGGCUGUGUAUGUGUGCACCGGGCUACAUGAAUACAACCUGCAGCCAGCCAUGCCCUGCCGGCUACUAUGGUGAUGGUUGCCGACAGGCAUGUGGUUGCCAUAGUAAUGCUGUGUGCAGCAAUGUGGACGGUACAUGCUCAUGCCGGCCAGGGCGUAAAGGAACUGCAUGCGAUCAGCCUUGCGACCAGGGCACAUUUGGAGCGGACUGUAACAAUGUCUGUCAGUGUUUGAACGGCGACGGUGGCUGUGACGCUGUGGACGGUGCGUGUAACUGUACCAGUGGCUGGACUGGACUGACGUGUUCCGACCCUUGUCUGGAGGGUGUUUACGGUCCUGACUGUGCUCUGACCUGUGCAUGCAAGACCGGUGUGUCAACAUGUGACCGCAUCACUGGACAGUGCACGUGUACUCGGCCGGGUUACAUUGGAGAAUUCUGCAGCAACACGUGCACAAACUAUACGUGGGGCUAUGGAUGUUCUGUUCGAUGCUCGUGCCAAAACAAUGCUACCUGUGAAAUUUCCAAUGGUGAAUGUCGUUGUGAUCCACACGGAGCUCAUCAAGGGUCAACGUGCAGCAGCCCGUGCAACGACGGGUCAUGGUCAGUGGCCGACGAGUGUGGCCGUACAUGCACCUGCGCCAAUCAAGGCAGCUGUGAUCCGACGACGGGGGCGUGUCUCUGUCGGCCGGGCUGGACUGGGGACAGCUGUGAACAGAGCUGUCCGAGUGGAACAUUUGGAGCGGGUUGUGCCGGCACAUGCCCACCAUGCACUGGAGAAGAUCAAGGUUCCUACUGCCAUCCUGUAACUGGCGUGUGUGAUUGUCAGCCAGGUGAUGUCGCAUCGCGAUGCUCUCCGGAUGAUGGCCGCAAUGCACUGGAAAGCAAAGGCUCGUCAAGCAUGUCGGGAUCAACCAUUGGCAUCAUAGUGGCAAUGAUCGCUCUCCUUCUCAUCAUCGUCGCUCUCGUCUGCAUUGUGCUGCGGCGGCGCCAUGGCCGACGUAAAGCGCUGUUGCUUCAUUCAAUGUCGGUGAGCUCGACGGCUGCCUUGCGGGCAUCGGCUGACGCUGGCACUAGCAUCAGUGUGACGGGCUCGGCAAUACGUUUCCAUAACAACACCGCCGCGUCGCCACCGCAGUCACCGCCACCGCAGUCACCGGCGGUGGCGUCGCCAACGGCGACAGCGACAGCAGGAGCGACGGCAACAGCAGGAGCGACGGCGACAGCGGGAGCGGCGGUUGCAGCAAAGGAAUGCGACGAAGAGCCAGGGUUUGUGAAUCCCUUGUACGAUGACCUCGCCAGGCGUCCCGUGAACUCUUGUGACAACCCGACCUACACUGGACUGCCAGAUGUAAGCACUUCUGGCAAAGUCUUCUAAAAAUCAUCCACGAGUUUGUGCUGCCAUUGAUUGGCAGUGAGCUACAGACGAACACCGAACUACAGACAGUGAAUGAACAAGUGCCUUAGUUUUCCAUAUUCCGGCACCCACACAGGUUUUAGUAGUGCAUGGAGAAAUCAGGAGAGUUUCGGGACAAGCCUGCCUGGGCCGAACUUGUGGUGGCAAGACACGUUGCUGUACCCUCAGUGCUCAAGCUGUAUUUCCCUGAGUUUCUUGAGCAAUACGGAAGUAGCAGUUGAGGGCACUGUGCCCUCUACGGUGUGUGACAUUGACACCACUCCAUUUCUCGUGAGCGCUGUAAGUCAUGUAAGAUACACGCAUAUGUAGCAUGGCUACUUUAUGACACGUAAUUUGUAUACACAUAAAUAGUACACCGUAGGAAUGCAUGGACAGUGGCUGAGGUGCUGCGGCUGUUCUGGUGCCUGCACGGAUGGACACUGUAGUAGUAGCAGCACUAGUAGUCUGUAGUUGUAUUUAGCCGUGCCCGAGCAACUGUACAAUCAUGCAUAUACAUGUAUGCCCAUGAACUAGUGGCUAGCUGAACACGACGUCAACUGCGAAGAAUGGGACGGAAGAAUUUAUGUCAUCUGAGAACUCGAUCGGCCUUGAUUAGGUGAUUAGGUGAUUAGGUCUUUUGUGAAUUUAGUGCUAUGACUAACCUGUCCCCACAGGAUACCGCGAUUCCGUGGACGCGCAAUUUUCCGCGUUAUUGGCCAUCAUCCGCGUUUUCGUGAGAUUUCGCAUAAAUCCCACGUUAUUCAGGGAAAUGUACAAGAAAAUAGUGCAUGCUUUUGAAAAUGUACUACAAAGUCGUAUGGGUUCAUGAGUUUGUACGACAAAGUUGUAUUCUUGCAUGAGACUGCACGCUAAAGUUGUACCAGUGACAGAAAACUCGUGCACAAUGACCGCAUCAACCCGCGUAUUUGCCGCAUAAUCCCGCAUAUUUGCCUGUUUUCGCCCGCAUAAUUAUGCGCAUAAUUUUAGGAAUUUUUCCGCGUUAUUCUGUGGGGACAGACUAACAACUAAUGCAAUCCUGUUGCUGCUCAUUUCAUCCAUCUGAUUGCUAUACUUGCCAUACCAUUGGUAUGCAUGCACACAUGCUUGCUACAUGAUUGAAGUUCAGCAGUUUAUUUUCACAUAUUAAUUUUUA